CCUGCAUGCAUAGCUGACACGCCACCUACUGCAAAACCCAGCUGCCAGCGCAGGCGGUGCUACCAGCAUUUCAUUGCAUCGCCAGGCUGGGACGGAAUAAAGGCGUGCUUGUGUGGUAGUGUUUCUUUUUUAAAAGAAAAAAAAUCUCCAAGCCAAGAAGAACAAGCUGAAAUAGCAUCCUGAAAAUGGAGCGUAAAAUAAUCAGAAGGGAAAAAGAAAGGGAGUACGAAGGGAGGCACAACAGCCUGGAAGACGCCGAGCAAGGCAAGAACUGCACAUCCACACUGACGACCCUCAACGUCGGUGGUUAUCUAUACAUUACUCAAAGGCAGACACUGACCAAGUACCCAGACACCUUCCUGGAAGGCAUCGUAAAUGGCAAAAUCCUCUGUCCAUUUGAUGCUGAUGGCCAUUACUUCAUUGACAGGGAUGGGCUCCUCUUCAGGCAUGUCCUAAACUUCCUACGAAAUGGAGAACUUCUACUUCCCGAAGGAUUUCGAGAAAAUCAACUUCUUGCUCAAGAGGCAGAAUUCUUCCAGCUCAAGGGGCUGGCGGAGGAGGUGAAAUCCAGGUGGAAAAAAGAACAGCUGACACCCCGAGAGACCACUUUCUUAGAAAUAACAGAUAACCACGACCGUUCACAAGGACUGAGAAUCUUCUGUAAUGCUCCUGAUUUCAUAUCAAAAAUCAAAUCUCGCAUUGUUCUGGUAUCCAAAAGCAGGCUGGAUGGGUUUCCGGAGGAGUUCUCUGUGUCGUCAAAUAUCAUUCAGUUUAAAUACUUCAUCAAGUCUGAGAACGGCACUCGACUUGUACUAAAGGAAGACAACACCUUUGUCUGCACCUUGGAAACUCUUAAGUUUGAGGCCAUAAUGAUGGCUUUAAAGUGUGGGUUUAGACUGCUGACCAGCCUGGACUGCUCCAAAGGGUCAAUUGUUCACAGCGAUGCUCUUCAUUUUAUCAAGUAAUUACCUGUCUCAUGAACAAAGGCAACAAGCAUGCAGCCAGCAAGCUUCAGAAGCCACAGAAUCAAAGGCAUCCCAAACAACGUGCCCAGCUAGCUAGUCCAGAGCCCGGCUGCUAAUCAAGUACUGUGAGCUAACGGUAUGUAAAUCUAUCACUAAAGAUGUCCUUCUCUGGGGUGUUCUGCCUUCACAUUCCCACCGACAGUGAAGCUGUGGUCUUCUACACUGUAAAUAAAGACAAUGCUUUUGCUAUUUAUUUUUUUUCUUUAAGCUGUCUUUCAAUGAGAAUGUCUUUGUACUUCACCUAUCAUUCACUAUAGCAAAUGCUAACAAUAUACGAUUCAAAAUCUUUUCUACUUAAGAGCAAAAUUCCAUGAAGAAAAUGAACUGGUUUAUAAAAUAAACAUGGAGAGCAAAUUAAAUGUACAGAGCUACCUAAAGCAGGGGUGACAGUGAAUCAAAAUGGGAUUGUAAAACACAUUCGAGCUACUGAUUUGACUUUUAAAAUAGCAGGCACCAAAAGCUUUAUUAUAGUUCCUGUAUUUCGUACUACAAUUAUGGCUAAAUUUAUAAUUUUGCUGAAAAUUUCUAGGAAACUGCUUGAUAACAAUAAAAAAAUAAAUAAAAGCACUGCUAGCUUCUUUGCUUGUAUUAAUGAUUGCAAUAAAAGUUACACGUGUCACUUUAAAAAUGAAUAGUGCCACUUGAUGAUUGUGCAUGAUAUCCUGCAUGCAUGCAAUCGAUCACCUGCCAGGCUACAGUAGCACCUUACUAGUCAGCAAGGGACAAAAAUUAGCAGCUGCACUUUCCCACACAGCACAGCACGGGCAGUUUGGUCCCAGCUGAGCACAUGGUGUAAGAAUGGAAGACCCACUCUCACAAUCACUCUAUGCUCAUUUUUCAAGCUCAAAAAUAUUAAAUGAACAUUAUUCAAGAACACUCUUACAGAAGAACUUUACUAAUCUUUUAAAAAUCUAUUAUGCAAAAAAAGUCUUUCAAAAUUUCAUACUAAAACCCAACAAAGUCAACACCGACUACUCAAUUCCUCGUGUUAUACUAAAACUAUCUGUUCUGCUGCUAAAUCUCAGAGUCGUGCUAAUGUUUUCUAUCUCAUGCUAACAGUCACAGAAAUCUUAAACUUUACUUUAUGAAUGACUGCUUAAGGACUGUUCUCCCAGCUAAACUCUAAAUGUGGGGCACGCCUUGCCUACUUACUCUGCAAAGAACACCUACAUCAUUCCUAUGGUUUCACCUACAUCAUUCCUAAUGGUCUCUAAGAACAAAUUGUCUAUUUAAAAUAAAUGAGCUGGAAGUGGUGAUUCAUAUUGGAAUCCCUCUAGCUGAGGCAGGAGGAUUAACGAGUGUUUUGAGGCCAGCUAGGGUUAAUAGGUGAGGCUCUAUCUCAAAAAAGACAAAGCAAAAGAAAAAAAAAGGACGCAGGGAAGAAAUCACUGAAACUAAGUACAAUCCAACCUUAUUAUAGUAAACCAACAAAACCUGUUGAUUAUCUUGGCUGAGUUUGAAUAGUUAAUCAUAUAUUAUAACACUUUGAUUACAUAUAAAAUUUAGAAUAAAGCUCAAUAUUAAUUACGAUUAACUAUAACUGACUUUCACUUACAAGUUCUAAGGUAAUAUAAAAGCUGCCUAUGCAGACUAAAAGAAACCCUUUAAAAAGUACUGUGCAAACAAAGUCCUUCAAAAAUUCAUACUAAAACAACAAUCAAUGUCAGCUACAUAAUUUCCUCAGAUGUUACAUUAAGAAAAAACUGCUUUGCCUUCUGUAUCAAAUCUUAAUGAACUUUGAGCGGCUUGAUCAGAACGUAAAGGGACUACUGAAACAGUUUUUAAAAAGUACAAUUUGCCAGUGGCUGCUACUCAACUGUUUAUACAUAUAUACACCUCCCCAGACUAGGGGCUGACUUUUCCUUGGCAUUCAGACUGUGUACUGAGAAAAACUGGUAGUGAUUUAACAUCACUGUCAAGUUUUUUCUUUCUCAAGGUUUCAGCCCAGAUAAUAAAGCUGUACUGAUACAAUGUGUUACUAGAGACACAGCUAAACCAGCCUCAGAGCUGCAAUAAGGCUUCCCAGGACUUAACUAGAGAGGUUAGCUUUCAUGAUGAAGUCAUUGAUGCUGUUAUGAACUACCAAAGGAAUCCAUGCAUGUUUAUGUAGCUCUUUAAAUGAAUAUUCACUUCUGGAUUUAAGUCCUCAAACUUUAAGGCACCAUACUAAUCUACAACAA